AGUUGCGAUAUUAUUUUAACUACCAUAACCCGUUCCAUUCAACUUAUCUCGUUCUUCAUUAAUAUUAAUUGAUCAUCUCUCUCUUUCGCAGGCAUGGCAACCGAGUGAGACAGCACACCCGCAGUGUUUAAACAAUGUAAACUCGCAGUGUCAAAAGUGUAUUUUAUUCCGUUCAAAAAUGCUCAAAUAAAUCAGUUCCUGAAAUUGAAAAUACGUCCGUUUUAAAAUAUUAUGCAAAUUUACAACUGCGCCAUCUGUGUUUGAGUAGUGAAACAAUUCCAAUUGUUAUAAGCGCCCUCUGUGUUCGAGUAGCGAAACUAUGUGUAGAUGAAGCUAGCUUAGUGAAGUGAUAUGAGCGCCAUCUGUGUGUGAGUGUUGGAACUAUGCGGUGAUGGAGGCGGGGUUUAUAAGGGCGAGCGCGGGCGGGGCGCCCCCCGCCUCGAGUGUGGUGCGCGCGCCGGGCCUCAAGAGGGGCAAGACUGAGGAGGCGAUAUCGGACCGGAUCAAGUUGGAGAGCGUGCUCGGGCUGACAGUGUCCUCCAACGCUGCUCUAGAUUGUGAUCCCAAUACCGAGCUCGUCGCGUACCCGGCAGGAUGCACCGUGGUCCUCUACAACGUGCGCAAGAACCGUCAGACGCACGUGCUGAACGCGUCGAGGAAAAGCGUCACCUGCGUCGCCUUCAGCCCCGAUGGCAGAUAUCUCGCCACCGGGGAGUGCGGGCACGCGCCCGCCGUGCGGGUUUGGGACCUACAGGACCCGACGGCUUCAGGUGCGGUUCAGAUCGCGGAGUUCCCAGGGCAUACGCAUGGGGUCAACUGUGUUGCGUUCUCAACUUCAUCGAAGUACCUCGUGUCGGUGGGAUCGCAGCAUGACAUGAUCGUCAAUGUGUGGGACUGGCGGGCGAAUUUGAAGCUGGCUAGUAACAAGGUGUCAUCACGCGUCAAAGCGGUGAGCUUCGCAGAAAAUGGGAAUUACUUCGUCACAGUUGGCUUUAGACAUGUCAAGUUUUGGUAUCUCGAGUAUUCCAGGAAUGCAAAGUUCAAAGAACCAGUACCGCUAAUGGGUCGCUCGGCGAUACUAGGCGAGCAGAAAGACAAUGAAUUCUGCGACGUCGUAUGCGGGAGAGGCGAAGCAGCUGACAGCACAUAUGCUAUUACCAGGAGUGGAUUGCUGUGUGAAUUUAAUAGUAGGAGGUUGCUCGAUAAAUGGGUUGAACUGAGGACCACGUCAGCGAACUGCAUGUCCAUCGGCGCCGGUUACAUCUUCGUGGGCUGCGCCGAGGGCCUGGUGCGGUGCUUCGCUCCCGACUCCCUGCGAUAUGUGACCACGUUGCCCAGGACGCAUUAUCUGGGAGUCGACGUGGCCCAGGGACUCAAUAUAAGUCACAUGUUCACCGUGCCGCCCAACGCGCGGUACCCGGACGCCAUCGCUCUAACAUACGACGACAGGAACCACAAGCUCACCUGCGUGUACAACGACCACAGCCUCUACGUGUGGGACGUCAGAGACAUUAAAAGGGUGGGCAAAUCCCACUCCGCCCUCUACCACUCCGCGUGCAUCUGGGGUGUGGACAUGGCCAACGGAGCCGGCACCCUUCCUGCAGGCACCUUCCUCACCUGUUCCAGCGACGACACAGUCAGGAUGUGGACCCUGCAGGGCAGGAACGGACCCAACAUCUACAGCAACGAACUGAAUAAAGUGGUGUACAUAGACCCGGAGCUGAAAUUCCUGAAAGACGCAGACCUCAGCGCGGGUGAUAAGGACAAGGCGAAGUCGUAUGACGACAAGACUGGUGUACGGUGUGUGCGGAUAAGUCCGGAUGGCGCGCACAUAGCGUCCGGCGACCGAGCUGGCAACGUGUGGAUACAUUCAGCCACCGGCUCACUGUUGCACAGGUUGGAAGCUCACGACGCCGAAGUAUUAUGCCUGGAGUACUCGGCGAAACCGCGACUCUUGGCUUCAGCUUCGAGAGACCGGCUCAUCCACGUAUUCAUGGUCGAUCGGGGCUACCAAAUUCUGCAAACCUUAGACGAACACUCGUCGAGUAUAACAGCAGUUCGUCUUAUCCCUGCUCCUGCACCUGCUACUCUUCAACUAGUAUCCUGUGGGGCCGACAAGACUGUGCUAUUUAGACAACUCAUAGUGACUCCGGACGGCGGUUACAAGUUCGAACGUGGUCAGAACGUGUCCGGUCGGACGACGUUGUACGAUAUGGAGGUGGACGCCGGCGGGCGACACGUCUUGACAGCCUGUCAGGACCGUAACGUGAGGGUGUACAGCGCUUCGAACGGCCGACACACGAAGACGUUUAGAGGAACCACGGCCGACGACGGCACCUUAAUCAAGGUGGCUUUAGACAACAGCGGUAUCUACCUCGCUACUUCGUGCACGGACAAAGUGCUGAGCGUUUACGACUACUAUUCUGGGGAGUGUAUGGCGACCAUGUAUGGACAUUCCGAAAUAGUCACUGGACUUAGGUUCACGCCGGACUGCCAGCACCUAAUAUCGGCGUCGGGCGAUGGAUGCGUGUUCGUAUGGCGGGUACCACACGACAUGGUGGUCACGAUGCGAGCUAGAUUAGCUCAGCAGGCCAUUAGGCAGGGCAAACGAGUGGCGCCAUCUAACGGAGUGAGUGGUGUGGAAAGUGAAACUGAUUCACAUCUCGGCUCACCGCCACGGGAGUUAUUGGAUGAUAAAUUCACUACGCCCGUCGUACCAGACUAUACGCUCCGUAUUGGGCGGCUGCCCUCCUGGGCAAAAAAGAGCCUCGGCGACGACCUCGCGCCGGAGUCUCCAGCGCCCGACCCGCCCGCCAGGGGCAAGUGGGCCCGCCGGAUACAACCCAACGAUAAACGUGGCGAUUCAGACGGCUCGAAAGACAGCUCGCUCGACAGCGGCACCGACACGCGCUACGGUGACAAGCGACGCGACAUCGUCAACAAACAGAGGCCGAAAUCCCUCAACCUGUCGCAGCUGCCGCGCGUGGAAGCGCUGUUUCGCAACUUCGACGCUACCAUGCGUAAAACAUACGACAUUUUGACAAUCUCGCCGAGACUCGAGAAGGUGUCGCUGCAGCUGCCCCCGCUAGCGGCGCGCACGCGCCACCACACUGACGACUCGUCGCUUGGCAGUUUUAAAUAUGAGGAACAAGAGUCGACGGAACACGAUGGCGAUAUAGAAGACAUAUCGGAUGGCGAACGAACGUCGUCCUCUGAGAGAAAUCGACCGACCUACUAUCCUGGGAAUAAUGAUGACGACACACCUGGAGAGUUUAUGGUGAACGCAAUGGACGCUGAGGAGUUACGACAGUCAAUGCGGCGCUCAAAACAGUGGUCAGGGGACAGAUUAGCACCGCCCGCCACCGGGGCCUCGCUUAGCGGCUCUGGGCACGAAGAAGAUGAGGAUGAGGUUUCGACUCCAUCAGGAGACAACGCGGAGCGCAAUCCUCUCUCAGGCUCUUGUGAGAGCAUAGACACAGCCGUUAGGCGGGAGAAGUACCUUAAGUCCGCCUUCGACAGCCUCAGCGGCGCCGAGUUGGAUACUAGCCCUGGUGGUCACACAUCGCUAUCGGCGCAGCACCUGUCCCGCGCGCCGCGCACGGCGCCGACGCCGGCGCCGCGCACGCCGUCUAAGCCGACCGACCCUGAGGCGGCGCGCCGCCGCGAGGAGCUGCACCGCCGCAUACUGGAGACGCGGCGACAGCUCGAGAGCGUGGCGUUCCGGUCGAACCUCAAAUCCAGCCAAUCCACGACGGACCUCUCGUACAUCCCCGAAAAGGACAGGAAUCGCAAUCGCCCCGUCUCUAUGGCCGUGCCGAGCAAUUCCAGACCAUACGCGAACCGAACUCAUCUAUCGCCGUACGCACCAGAAGAAGAGUCCGGCAUGAGGCGUGCCAUCUCUCUCUCCGAUCUGGCCGCUAAGCCGCUACCGGCGCCCAGGACGCAAGCAGCGGCAAGCAAACCCGCAGCAUCCGCUAGUCCAGGGAAGAGCCCUAGCGGCUUCGCCAGGCCUGCGCCGCGGUAUACCGCCAAAUCUAAUAUGACGAGGAGCAGCAGCGUAGGAGUAUUGAACCAGAGCGACUCGGAAUCGGACCCGGCGCCGUCGCGGACCCGCGGCGCGGGUCUUAUGCGGCCAACCAUCAGCUCGAUGAACAAACAGGCUAGCAACAGCCGACGGAGGCCGUUACCCAACGCUUAUAGCUCAGUUUCGCUGUCGACGGCCGCGCAAGAGGAGUCGAGCUCCGAAGCCGAGGACAAGCCAGGAGCGCCCCGGCCGAGGGCGGGGAGCGUCGAUGCUCGGCGUAUUGGUCGAAGCGGCUCGGAGCGCGACCUAUCCGCGAAAGCGCGAGAAGUCACGGCGCGGCUAACUCAGCCCUCGAGCCGGCCGCGCGGCAAAACUGACCCACCUACCCCAGACCCGCAGCUGUCAUCGUCCCAGCUAUGCUCAGCUUUGACUGAGCAGUUGACGCGCACAGCGAGCAAGGUCGUCCAGUUGUACCGGAGUCUCAGGCAGGAGCCGGGCGCCGCCGCCGAUAUUAGUGGUCUAGAAGCAGCAAUUCUAGAAACGCAGAAAGUCCUCCGCGGCGCCGUCGCUCAGAACGGCGACGCUCCGAGCAGCCUCUCGUCCACCGAGGGCGAGUACAGGGGGAUGAAUGUGGACAGUGCGAGACAGAAACUGGAGCACCUUGUGUCUAAAGAAUCCAACAACAUGUCACUAAUGGAACAAUACAGUGACAUACUCCUAAACAUGAUGCAAAGCAAGAUGGUCAACCAGUUCUCGCAGAGCCCCCAGUCCCUACCGCCGCGCGAGCCCGGGGCGAGCAGCUAGUACACGUAGCGACAUAACACGUCAUACAAUAUACCACGGAACGUGGAAAAACGACGUUCAAAAACGCCACCUACUGGCGAAAGUUAGUACUAAUCCUUUCAAUACAGCUCGCGCCAUCUAUGAUUAGUCGGUAUUAAACUU